AUGAUUACCCCUGCUGAGGGAGACUUCCCCCAGGGUCUCUCCGUCCUGCCGGACACCGAAGCCAUGGGUUGGGGAGCCGCAAGGCAGGCGCGAGCCCGCAAGCUCCUCCAAGAGUACCAGCAACGGUACGUCGCCGCCAAUCCCAAGUCGGCGGAUUCGUUCGGUCGCGCCUCGGCCUCUCUGGCGGGCGGCAACACACGAUCCGUGCUGCACUACGAUCCCUUCCCCAUGGUUCUAGUCUCGGGGAGAGAGUGUUUUGUGACUUCGGAAGAUGGCCGGGAGUAUGUCGAUUUCGUGUCCGAGUACUCUGCUUGCAUGCUGGGCCACUCGCAUCCCGCGGUGGCCGAGGCAGUUCAGGCCGUCAUGAGGAGAGGCAUCAACCUCGGCGGCGCGAGCAAGGAGGAGCAGGUUUUGGCCGCACUCUUGACGGAUCGCAUUCCCUCCAUGCAGAGGAUUCGCUUCUGCAAUUCAGGCACCGAGGCAAACACCAUGGCGCUCACUGUUGCUCGACACCACACUGGUCGUCAAAAGAUCCUCGCCUUCGAGAACGGAUACCACGGCGGCUUUAUUGGCUUCAACAGCGGAGUACUGCCGACGACACUGCCCUUCGAUUUUGUGCUGGCACGGUACGACGAUGCCGCUCACGUCCGCGAGCUGGCCGACGACUCAUUCGCCGCCAUCAUCGUCGAGCCCAUGCAGGGCGUCGGGGGCAUGAUACCCGCCUCCCGUGCCUUCCUGCAGACGCUGCGGGAGGUUGCUGAUGCGACUGGCGCCGUGCUGAUCUUUGACGAGGUCGUCACCUCGCGCCUGCACUACAAUGCACUCCAGUCCCACCACGGCGUCUUCCCGGACCUCACGACCAUUGGGAAGUUCUGGGGUGGCGGUUUCUCAUUCGGCGCCUUUGGAGGCAAAGCCAACAUCAUGGCGGCCAUGGACCCUCCGGGUGCCGGCGGUUCCACCGGCAGCGCCCAGCAGCAGCAGCAGCAGCAGCAGCAGCGCCUAAGCCACUCGGGGACAUUCAACAACAACGCCUUUAGCAUGACGGCCGGGGCGGUUGCCUGCCGGCUGAUCACGGGCGAGGCUAUCUCAAAAGCCAACGCGCUGGGCGAACAGCUGCGGGAGGGCAUCACGGCCGCCGGCAGGAGCGCGGAGUCACGCCCCUGGAUGUGGGCCAGCGGCCUCGGCAGCAUUCUGAACGUGCACUUUGGGGGCCCUGCCGCGGCAGAGCUCCGAGAUCUUUUCUUCUUCUUCAUGCUGGACCGGGGCUUCUACGUGUCGCGUCGCGGGCUGAUUGCGCUCAACUUGAUGCAUACGGACCACCACGUGAGCCAGAUGCUUGGUGCAGUGCGCGCUUUUGUUGAACUCGUCCGGGAAGCAACAUAG